AUGGCUGAUCUAAUUGACUCGCAAUUGUUCAUUAACAACAAGUUUGUUCCAGCUUCUACUGGCGAGACUUUCGAGCUUUUCAGUCCGUUUGAUGGCAAGAAAGUUGCAAAGGUCGCCGAAGCCUCAGCAGAAGACGUCGACAGUGCUGUCAACGCAGCACAAGCCGCAUUCCCAGCAUGGAGUGCACUCUCCCCCAUCGAGCGCGGUCUCCCCUUGAAGAAGAUGGCCGAGAAAAUCACCACUCACAAAUCAGACCUUGCUGAUCUUGAGGCUCUUUCCAUGGGCAGGCCCGUGGAUGGCUACUUCGACGCCAACUAUGCUGCUGUGCAUUUUAAUUACUUUGGAGAGGCUGCUUAUGCACAGGGACAUACUUCAUUGAAUACACCGGGGUUCUUGAAUAUGAGCUUGAGACAACCGUUUGGAGUUGUGGGAAUUAUUAUUCCCUGGAAUGCCCCUUUGGUGUUUUUCAGUAAGAAAGUUGCGCCAGCGGUGGCGGCGGGGAACACGGUGGUGCUUAAAAGUAGUGAGAAGGCUCCUUUGACUUCGUGGAAACUUGCACAAUGGAUUGAGGAGUGUGGAUUCCCACCUGGAGUUAUCAACGUCGUCUCGGGACAUGGACAAGUUUCUGGCAAUGCGAUAUCGGCACAUAUGAAGAUACGAGCUAUUUCCUUCACCGGAUCGACACGCACCGGACGCAAGAUCCAGAUCGCAUCCGCAAAUUCAAAUCUAAAGAAGGUCGUUUUCGAGCUUGGUGGUAAAGGACCGGCAGUCAUCUUUGCCGAUGCAGAUCUUGAAGAGGCAGCGAAACAGACGGAGUUCAGCAUCAACUAUAACAGUGGUCAGACUUGUAUGGCAAACAGCAGAAUAUACGUCCAGGAAAGUGCGAAGGAGAAAUUUACAGAGGUCUUCAAGAAGUUCGCUUCUCAACGAAAGAUUGGAAAUCCAAGAGAAAGUGGCAUCAACCACGGUCCCCAGGCGGAUAAAGUACAGUACGACACUGUACUAAAAUACAUCGCGCUGGGCAAGGAGUUAGGACAGGUAUCUCUCGACGGAGAAGCUAACUCAGAAAACCUCACCGUCCAUCCUGUUAUUUUCAACGACGCACCAGAAGACCACGCGAUUAUGAAAGAGGAGAUCUUCGGUCCAGUCGUCGUAAUCAACACAUUCAGCAGCGAAGAAGAAGUCAUCGCGAAAGCGAAUGACACUGAAUUCGGGCUGUACGCAUCCUUAUGGACGAAGGAUCUGGAAAGAGCCCUGAGGGUUAGCAAGAAAUUGGAAAGUGGAAUGAUUGGUGUCAAUUGUGCGAGUCCAACUGGAUGCUGGGAUUUGCCGUUUGGAGGCUGGAAACAGAGUGGAACCGGGAGAGAGAGUUUGUUAGAGAGUAUGGAGCAUUUUACGGAGCAGAAGAGUAUUUAUUUUAAGGUUAGGGGGAUUGGUGGAUGA